CACUCUCUGCUGGCAUUCAACAGCUAGCCGGCAGUCAAAACGAACCGACAAUGUCAAAUUCGUCCUCUCCACCACCGUCGCCAACGGGGAGCAUAAACGAUGCUAAACGUGUUGAGGACGACGUCUUGACAGAACCACCAGAAGAAGAUGAGGUCUCGGAUGAUGUACCAGAUACUGAANAAGACACUGUUGUCGUCGAAUCAGUUGAUAACGAUGACAACGAAGUGUUCAAGCUACGAGCCUAUCAAGAUGAGAUGCUGGCAGAGAGUCUGAAUCGCAACACCAUCAUUGUGCUAAACACCGGAGCUGGUAAAACACACAUAGCAAGAGCCGAGUUGGAAUUGAAACAAUCAGACAAACUUGUCUGGUUUCUUGCACCUACAGUCGCUCUUUGUCACCAACACUACAGAUCAAUUCUUACAAACCUGCCGGCAUAUCAAACAAGACUUCUCACCAGCGAAGAUGGCGUUGACAGAUGGACUGAUCAAACUGUCUGGGAUGGCGUUCUCAAGAACAUGAAUGUCAUCGUCAGCACGUAUGGUGUCCUGUACGAUGCACUCUGUCACGGAUUCAUUGCAAUGAGAAGGCUCUCGUUGUGUGUGUUCGACGAAGCACACCAUUGCACCAAAAACNAUGCCUCUAACAUGAUCAUGCAGCAGUUUUAUCGGCCAGCUAAACUUGCUGGACAGCCAGUACCACGGAUUCUCGGUUUGAGCGCUAGUCCAGUGAUGAACGCCAAAGCCGGAGGUCUAGAGAUACUCGAAGCGAAUAUGGAUAGUCAUGCCAUCACACCACGCCUGCACAGAUCUGAAUUGAUGCAAUAUGUGCAUAUCCCAGAGCUCUUGAAACGCACAUUCGAAAGCAGAGAGGCACCUGAUACUCCAAAUUCGCUACGAGAAGCGCUUACCACUGCCCUGCAUCUAUACGAGAUACGCGAAGAUCCAUGCCUUGUCGAGGUCAUCCAGACUGGAGGGCCCGAUAUGAAAGCCAAAGUGGACGAGGUGCUCAUGUCGCGAAAGACUUAUUGCACAGACCAGCUCAGGGCGCUUAGGAAGCGCGCUGAGGUGAUGGCCACAGACAUCAGUCCGUCUGCCGCAGAAACAUAUAUCCAGGCCUGCCGUGACAAGUUUCUUGCAGGAAUUCAAGAGAACAAUGCUUUAUGGAUGCCAGAACUUUCAGACAAAGAGAAGAGUCAUCUUGCAAAGAUCAUGACGAAUCUACGUGUACAUUCAUUCAUCCCAGACUCGACUGUGAGUCUCAAGCUUCAAUUACUUUUGGACAUCUUGAGGAAAGAAUCUGGACCAUCUUUCACCGGUAUUGUCUUUGUCGAGCAAAGAGCCGUCGUCGCCGCUCUAGCAGAGUAUCUUACAUCUGAUCCGGAUUUCUCACAGACGUUCAAUGUUGGCACCUUUGUGGGAGGCUCCAACUCAUCCAAGCAGAAGUCAAAUAUCGGCGACAUCAACGACUUAAAAGCACAGCAGCAGACGCUUGAUGAUUUCAGAAUAGGCAGGAAGAAUCUAGUCAUUGCCACAAGUGUACUCGAAGAAGGCAUUGACAUAUCUUCGUGCCAAACGGUGAUCUGUUUCGAUGCUCCUCUCAACUUGGUAUCCUUCGUUCAAAGACGCGGCAGAGCACGCAAGAAGGACUCAAGAUACAUAAUAUUGCUGGCCGACGACGACGAUAAGGGUGAACCUGCCAAAUGGAAUCAACUGGAAGACCGGAUGAAAGCAGCAUAUGAAGAUGAAUACAGAAACGCUCAACUAGCAGCUCAGCUAGAGCAAACUCAUGAGUCUGAGGGCAGAAAGUAUGAGAUACCGAGUACCGGAGCGCUGCUCACUCUCGACAACGCGAAGUCGCAUCUCAAUCAUUUCUGCGCCACCCUCCAGACAGCCAAUCACGUCGAUCAUCGACCAGUCUUCGAGUGCCGGACAGACUCAGAAAACCUUAUUACUGCGAAGGUCCUUCUGCCUUCUUCGGUGAAUCAGAAGUAUCGAACAGCCGUCAGUGCACACAGCUGGAAGACGGAAAGAGCAGCCAUGAAAGAUGCCGCAUUCCAGGCUUGUGUGGCAUUGCACCGCGGUGGUCUAAUCAACGACCAUUUGCUUCCUCCUCAUAUACAGACACCAGACCAAGCACGUCAGAAUCGACCUGGUCUCACCAAAGUCGCGGUCAAGCACGAUCCUUGGGAACUGCGCAAGUCAGAUCAUUGGUUCAGGCAUGUAGUUGAGCUUGAGAUAGAGGGACAGCCUAGCGUUUCGGUGGCGAUGUUCCUACCUGUUGAGUGCCCAAAGGUUGAUGGCAUCGAAUUGUACUGGAGCAUGUACACCACAGGUGUAGCGAAGAUUGGACCUGGUCAAGCGUGUAGACUCACCGAAGAGGAGGCUACUCUAAAACAGAAAGACACAGAAACCAUCCUUCUUUCUGUGCUUGCACCUGCCGACGUUAAAGGUGCAAAGGGCAGAUAUGCAGCGAUGUUUGAACCAUUGGACCAACCUUCCAUGACUCCACUGAGCAGAGAGAGUCGACCGGCAGUUGAGAUGCUAUCUAUGGUGCAAACUGCAGCAGACGUCGGUCUUGUGCAACUCAAUGGACAGAAGGGAAGAAGCUACGUCUUCCAAAGCAUACAAGACCAAGACCAGCAAAUAUUGGAAGUCACCAAAUUCCCAAAGAAGCGCGACUUCCUCACGCGACCUGCCGAGGAAUCAAAGAAGAACCAACUUACUCGCGAAACACUGGCUCUGGCCCAAUGUACUAUCAAUUUUCUUCCAGCUAGAUAUUCGUUCUUUGCUGCUUGUAUUCCUUCCAUCUUACAUAAAGUAGAGACGGCUAUUCUCGCUGCUCGCUUGCAGGAUACUAUCCUCAAGCCUGUUGGCAUUAAGAAUCUUCAACUCAUCAUCGAGGCUACCACAUCAGGUGCCGCCGACUUCACUGCUAGCUACGAAAGGUUGGAGUAUCUAGGCGACGCAGUGCUGAAGUAUUGCACACACGUUCAACUGGCAGCUCAACAUCCUGAAUGGCCAGAAAGUUACUUGACAGCUGAGAAAGGAAGGACGAAUGGCAACGCCUCACUAUCUCGUGCUGCUCUGAGCAGCGGUGUGGACAGGUUCAUCUCAACCACAAAGUUCACAGGUAACCACUGGAAGCCUCCGAUACUCUGCACUGAUCAANAAGAUAAGAACGACAAGAUUGUGGACAGGAGUACCAAAACACUUGCAGAUGUUGUGGAAGCAUUGAUAGGUGCUUCGUACAUGGAUCAAGGUCUUCAAGGAGCAUUAGCUUGCAUCCGUAUCUUUCUCCCCAAUGAACAGUGGCUAGAUCAUAUAACGUGCCUAUCCUCCCUGCUCUCGCAGACACCUACUCUGUCCAGUAUCCCGCCUUUCCUCGACACGGCCGAAAGCCUAAUCGACUACAAAUUCAUCAACUCAUCUUUACUCCUGGAAGCACUUACCCACUCGUCCUUCUCCUCACCUGAAGCCCUCUCCUACGAAAGACUAGAGUUCUUGGGCGAUGCAAUACUAGACCAACUCCUCGUCCCCACCAUCUUCUCCGCAACUCCCGCACUCAAGAACCACGAAAUGCAUAGAAUGAGACAAGCACUCGCAAACGCCCACAUCCUCGGAGUCUGCUGUUUGGAAUUGUGUCUCUUUGCACCUCGUCUAGAUCCCACAACAACCGAGACCGGAGAAGUGGGAUUACAAGAAACACUACAUCUACACCAUCUCCACGAUUUCUUGCGCUGUGGAGCUAGUAUACACAUCCAGCGCAAAGCCGCUUUGGACAGAUAUGCAUCACUCCGCACGCAAAUCCUCGAACAGUUGGAAAAUGGACACGAGUAUCCAUGGCCAGACCUCCUACGCCUCGGUCUCCACAAAUCUUGCAAAUGGAUGUCGGAUAUCUUGGAAUCUGUGUUGGGAGCCAUCUACAUUGGUUCUUGUGGCAAUCUUGCUGCUUGCAAGGCUUUUGUCGAUAAACUUGGUUUGUUUAGGGNNAUGUUGGAGAGGUUUUUGGAUGAGGGUGUGCAGGUUGGGUUUCCGAGGGAACGAUUGGGGUUGAUGGCGGAUAUGAAAGAUGUGGAGUAUAGAGCUUCUAGUGAUGGGAACGGAGGAUGGAGUUGUAAAAUUUUUGUGGGGCAGAGGGAAGUUGUUGAUGUUGGGGGGUGUGUUAGUAGAGAGGAGGCAGAGGUCAGAGGUGCAGCGACUGCGGUGAGAGUUCUGCAGGAGGAGAUCAUUAGAGGCAUGGAGAGUGUCGCAAUAGAUGGAGGCGAGGACGAGGAGAUGGUGGAUAUACAG